UUAACUUCUUGCUCCAUUAUCUUCUUGCUAUAGUUUCUGUUCCCAUGGAAUCUUUCCUAUUUGAUAGGGCCUCAAUUUCGAGCAAUUCUUAUUCAGAUGAUGGUAAUCUUGAACUCAUCAACCCCCUAUUCAUACGAACCAAUCUAGACCUCCCUAGUGAUCGUUGUACAUCUUUGAACCAGACUUCAGACGAGUAUGCUGGUGACAAUUAUGACUACAACACUCCUAUUCUCAGCAAUGGUGGCGGUAUUUAUGGCAAUACAUAUGGGGUUGCUGAUGUCCAGUAUUCUCCUGUUGAGUGUCAGCCGGAUACCUCUUGGGUUUCCAAUUCACUUUCAAAGCUACAAAGUCUUCGAAAUUUUGGAAGGAUGGAGGAAGACAACAACUGGCAUGAAAAGUUAAAAAUCCUUGAGGCAGAGAGGUUCCAAACAAUGCCUCAAGGUCCUCAAACACAUAUAGGAUCAACUUUGGUUCAUGAGCAACAAAGUGACAGGUACAACUCAGAAAAUGGAUCAAAGACAAAGAAAGAUCGUCAAAGACGGGAUGAUCAUUGUCUAGAAGGAUGGAGGAGCAACAAGCAGUCAGUUCACUCAGUUGCAUAUUCUACUAACGACUCGGAGCUGCAAGAAAUGUUUGAUAAGGCAAUGUCCUUUCAAACUGUGAAUUAUCAAUCCGUUGAUUGUAGUUCUCUUCAUGAGUCUUCGAAUGAGGGAAGCAGACACUCAAAAGGUUCUAAGUUGGCUCGUCCAAAGAGACAAAGUAAAGAAGAGAAAGUAGUAGAUUUGCGCACAAUGCUAAUUCAAUGCGCGCAAGCUGUUGCAAGUUAUGACCAACGAAAUGCUAAUGAACUACUGAAGCAGAUCAGGCAGCACUCGUCUCCCUAUGGUGAUGCAACCCAGAGACUAGCUCAUUACUUUGCCGAUGGCCUCCAGGUACGCUUGGCUGGUACUAGAGCCCCUUCGUUUUCACAUUAUAUAGGUCCGUUGAUAUCAACUGUUGAAAUAUUGAAAGCUCUUCGGUCGUUUAUCACUGCAUUACCUUUAAGAACCCUUGCACAAUUCUUUGCUAAUAUGACAAUUAUGAAACUAGCAGAAAAAGUAGCAAGUCUUCACAUUAUUGAUUUUGGUAUUGCUUAUGGUUUCCAAUGGCCCUCUCUUAUCCAAUGGCUUUCAGAGAGACAUGGCGGACCACCUAAACUUUGUAUCACAGCCAUUGAGAUUCCGCAACCAGGUUUUAGACCCACUGAGAGGGUUGAGGAAACUGGUCGUCAGUUAGCAAAGUAUUCUGCAAAAUUUGGUGUGCCAUUUGAGUUCCAUGUAGUUGCUCAGAAAUGGGAAACCGUUGGAUUUGAUGAUCUUAAAAUAGACAGAAAUAAAGUGAUUGUGGUGAAUUGUCUACACCGGUUAAGACAUGUUCCUGAGGUGACAAUGAUGGGAAACAGUCCAAGAGAUGAUGUUCUAAAGUUGAUCAGGAAAAUCAAUCCAGAUAUAUUCAUACAUGGGGUUAUUAAUGGGUCACACAAUUCAUCAUUCUUUCUCACUCGUUUCAAACAAGCUAUUUCUUACUUCAGUGCAUACUUUGAUAUCACUGAGGCCACAAUGCCUUUUGAGGAGCAGGAACGACAGUUUUUCGAAAGAGCAGGAGUCGCUAGAGAGAUAAUGAAUGUAGUGGCAUGUGAGGGACUAGAAAUAAUUGAAAGGCCUGAAACUUAUCAGAAGUGGCAGGCGAGGAAUGUGAGGGCUGGAUUUAAGCAGUUGUCAUUAGACCAAGAGCUUUUGAAAAAGGUGAAGACAAUGUUAAUAGGUUAUCACAAUGAUUUUAGUAUUCAUGAAGAUGAAAAGUGGAUGCUGCAGGGAUGGAGAGGGAGAGUCCUCUUGGGCCUUUCCUUCUGGAAAGGCGAGUAGGAUUUUCACAAUCUCCUGCAAGUUUUUUCAUAGGAAAUGCUCUUUUAUGUUAUUGUUUCACAAUAUAAUGCAUACCUUCAUUUGUAAUUUUCAUUUAUUCAUCUAUGUCAUAUGCAACUCGUAUAAGAUCAGUUUAUCGAGGUUAUAUUGAGUUUAUU